AUGGUAGACCUGUUCGCACUCAUUCAGCAAGGAAUGCGCGAGCGCUGGGCAUGGUGGAAGUACGUAUCCUUGCUCAUCAAAUACGGGUGUCUGCCUUGGGACAAGGACGAACGCGACGCCGUCAUGGAGCAGCUGGGCGCCCUAGCGUUGUUACCAGCGGACAAGACCUACCUGGGCGCCUGGUUCAACACGGCGGACAAAGUCGAGGGAAGAUGGAUGAUGCUCAUCGCGCGUGUGCCGGCGUAUUUCUUGACCGACCUGCCAGAGAAUGGGCAAAGCGAGGCGGAGAAGUACGCCUCCUUUGGACCACGCAAGAUACCAGGAGCGAAGACGUCGAAGUGGCGCGUAACAAAGGAGGUCCCUUGCGAGACCCCCGAGCUGCCUUACGCGAACCGAGUGGCUCGCGUACGAGUGCGGCCGGGCUCGCUGGGUCUAACCGGAUGGCGCAAGUUGGACUACCCCGCAGCAAAGGACACUGUAGGGCAUAGACAUGGCGUCGUCUGUCCGCCACAGCUUCGCAACGUCGCUGACCAGGGCCACUGGGACUAUUUCGUGGAGUGGUAUUCGGAGAAGAGUGAAGUCCCGGGCGACAAGAACGAGCCAAAUUGUGGGUACAGCAAGCCCGUGUGGCUGCAAGUGGGAAAGGGGUCGCGCCGGCGCCAGGACGCAGAAGGGUGCAAGAUCAUCUACGAGCGGACAAUGAAGCGACAGUACUACGUGGACGCCUAUCCGAUCAUCGAGGGAAUGGAGCACGAUAUCAACGUCUGGGGCGUCCCCUUGCCGCCUUGGGAGCACUAUGGAGGGGAUAAUCUGGAGAUCGUGCUGAAGCGAGGAGUAUGGGGGUAUACGACGGAGAAACCCACGAGCAACAGCUGUGGAAUCACGCCCCCUGGCAAGCUGCCCGGGACCUCGCCGGCGACCGCCUUAUGUGGCAGGCAACCCCGCGGGCUCGCCGAGCGGGUGAUCGCGCCGCACGCCCACACCUCGCGCACGCUCCGCCCCCGCCGCGGCUGA